AUGCAAGCAUUCCUUGCAAAUUCUUUCCUGCUGGCAGCAGUUACUCUCAGUCGAUGCGUCACGGCACAGGUGGUGGGAUGCGAGGCUGUGGACUGCCCAGCCGAUGGUUGCGUCGUCGGAAACACAACAAACCUCGAACUAGGAAUCGCGAAUUUCACCAGCGGCAGCCUCAGCCCGGACCAACCCCUAUCUUGGACCGUCGGCAUCGCUGACAUCCCCCAUCACAAUGCAGUUAACGACACAUGGUUGAGAAGCUAUUACCUCGGCACUCCACCCUCUCUCGACCUCGAUCAAUCUGGCAUCAGCGGCUGUGCACUUUUCUUUGAGGAUUCGGGGACCUUCCAGUUCAACAUCAGCGCCCAAGAAACAAGCAUCGGGACGUGUCAAGACGCCUUGACCACAAAAUGUGUCGACGACCUUGUCGCACGAGUGGCCAACAUCACGGCUACCUUGUCUUCUGAUGCUGCAACAAAUGCGAACCAAUCGACUCUCUGCUCGCAGUUGGGCCCUGCCUUGAAAGCCGACUUGCCGGCCAGUUGCAUGGGGCCGGUGGGACUUGAAUUGGUCCCUAUUGUUGCGAAAGACCUGACUGGUUCCAGCUCUGCGCUGCAACCCGUUCAACAGACCAAUUGCACUCUGACCACCGGGGGCUCGGGAUACAACGUUGGACUCGUCACAACCGAGUCCUACCACCAGCAGGACUUUGCCGAAGUCUAUACUUCGGGCUUCAUCUUCGGCGUCACUCCAAUCCUGACCCUUUUCUAUCCAACUCCCAGUCAACCUGGAAACAGUUCCACGGCUUUACAAGAGCCAGAAGUCCACCUCACCUGUGUGAAAAUUGUCGAAGCUGGUGCUUCCGAUGCGCAUGGGCCGACCUUGCUAAAUGCGGCGGCGUCACGGUCGAUCCGUGACUUGUACAGCUUCUUACCUGUAACGGCUUUUUUGGCUCUUAUCUUUGUUGCCCUUUGA